UGCGCGUUUGUUAUUAUGCUUUAAGAAAUCUCUUAGUACUCAAAGAUCACGUAAAACUCUGGAGAAAAUUUGAAGAGUGAAAUCAUUUUUAGCGAUGGAACCACUAUGGAUGUUACUUAUGUGUCUUAUAUUUCUUGGACCGGUGUUAUUCAUUUUUCUUCUUACAGGAAUUCAUCUUUCGCUCUGCAAAUCUAAAACAGCCAAAAGUUAUGAGAAUCUUCCAGCCUAUGGUAGAGAUAAACCUCUUUUACUCAUAUGGCAACAUUAUCAACAAAUAAGUAGAAUAGUAAAGGACGGUCCAUUAGCAGCGUAUUUCUUUAACAUUAGCUCAGCUUUUGCAUCCAUGUUCCAACAUGAAGGACUCUUCUUUAUGUGGAUUGGAUUCCAACCGUAUGUCUUCAUUUAUAAACCAGAGCAUAUCAAGGCAGUCCUAACCAGCAGAUUAGCUGAUGAUAAAUCUCAAGAUUAUGAUCAUUUGCGGCACAUCGUUGGAACUGGUUUAGCUACGAGUUUUAGUAAAAUGAAUGCACAACGAAGAAAAUUGCUGCAACCAGCCUUUCACUCAAGAAUUUUGGAGAAUUUCAUCCCUACAUUUAAUGAGCAUUCAUUAGUUCUCGUUAGCAAGUUAAAAACUACAGUGAAUAAACCAUGGAUUGAUAUAACGCCUAUGAUGACUGCUUGUGCAUUGGACAUUUUAUGCCAAACUGUAAUGGGUAUUCGGAUCAAUGCUCAGGAAGGAAAUAAAGCAGCUGUAGAAUACACAGAAGCUGCGGAAGAGAUCAUGGAUCUAUUCGUGCAUCGUAUCGUAAGACCGUGGUUCUCUUCUGAUUUUGUAUUCUUCUCCAGCUCCGCAGGACAGCGAUUUCGAAAAGCUAGAAAAUCCGUAGAUGAUUUCACUGGGCAGGUCAUUCAUGAAAAGAAAGCGACUCUCAAAGUAGAUGAAGAUAAUAAUGAACUCGAUCAGUAUUCUAAAAAAGGAAGCAAAUCAUUCUUAGAACUACUGCUGGAACAUCAUGCUAAAGAUCCAAAUCUUACGUUGAAAGACGUUCAAGAUGAAGUAGACACUUUCAUGUUUGCGGGACAUGAUACAUCAACUAUCCUUGUAAACUGGGUUCUUUAUCUUCUUGGUCUUUACCCUGAUAUCCAGGAUAAAGUUUACCAAGAGCAAUGUUCUAUAUUUGGAAAUAACAAGACAGCAGAUGUUACUAACGAAGAUCUGAAGAAUAUGGUAUACUUAGAAAACGUUAUAAAGGAAACUCUACGACUGUAUCCACCUGGACCCCUCAUAGGAAGAAAAUGUAAAGAAAGCAUUAAAACUGGUUCAUACACAAUUCCAGCCGGAACAAAUAUUUAUCUAAAUAUAUACAAGCUUCAUAGAGAUCCAGCUGUGUUUCCAAAUCCAGAAAAAUUUGAUCCAGAAAGAUUUUCUCCAGAAAAUAAUACAAAGAGAGAUACAUUUUCCUACAUUCCAUUUUCCGCUGGAGUCAGGUCUUGUAUAGGUCAGAGGUAUGGAAUGAUCGAAACAAGAGUAAUUUUAAGCCAUAUUAUCCGAAAUUUAAAGGUUAUCUCUUUAGAUCCGAGAGAUAUGAUGAAUGUUUACAUGAAAGUUACGUUGAGAUGGCCCAAUCCAUUACGCCUACGGUUCUCCUUGCGACCAUAAAAUGUUCGUCGAUGAAAAAGGGAUGCUAGAGAUAAGCUUAAAAUCGAAUUAAAAGAACUUGCAUACUUUUUUCUACAUGGAUUUAACUUCUGAAGUAGCAUUAUUUUUAGUUUUUUAACUCAUCUGUUUUGUGUUAUAGGAUGUUAAGAGCAACAGAACAUGUGUUGCCGUAGAAACAUUCAAAGUACAAAACCAACAACACAUUCUGUAUGAGUCAUAUUUGUGAAGUAUUCUGCUGUAAAUGAACUAGAACCUAAAGUCAUCCGCAGUGUACAUAAGUCCACCUGUGAUAUAUAAAUAAAACAUUUUAUAUAAAUUA